AUGAGCUGUGGCUCGAGCGGGUACUUCGGCGACUACGGCCAAGAGUGCAUCUGCGAUGCCCACGGCUCGAGCAACUGUGUCAAUCCACCUGAGCGCUAUGGCGAGCAUGGCGAUGUCUGCGCCGAAGGCGCGGAGUGCAAGUGCGACGGCCACUGCAGCUGCGAGUGCAACUGCGAUGCCCACGGAUCAUGCAAUUGCCUCGACAGACCAAGCUUGGCCCGCGGUCGCUCCCGCUCUGGCGCCAACUUGACGCAGCCCAGCCGAUGCGGCAAGCAGGGCGAGGUGUGCGCCCAAGGCACGGGGUGCAAGUACGAUGGCCACGGCAGCUGCGCGUGCAGCUGCGGCUCAAGCGGGUACCUUUGCCACUACGGCCAGGAGUGCAGCUUUGACGCCCACGGCUCGUACAAAUGUGUCGACAAACCAUCGUGCUCAGCAGACCAGCGGCGUCCUCUCGCGCGCGCGGCCUACAACAUUCGCGAUGUGGAGAAGUCUUGCGGCAGCGGGACAGAGCACCAGGACCAGUCGUGCCUCGACCAGACUGGCGGCUGCACCGUGCGCCGUGGGCCCUUUCACUUGAACAAGCAGCUGCCCACCGUGGCGCGCGCGCCCGCCCUGAGCCUCCACUCCGCGGCUGCGGGGCCGUGGCGCAUGGACCAGCUCGCCUCCGCACGCCGGUGGACGGGGCUCGACGGCGAGUACGUCGCCUCUGUCGCCGCCGGCGCCGUGGUCUGGCCCGACGGCUCGCGCCAUGCGCUGGAGCCGGCAGGGGGCGGCGCCCUCCGCGUGGUCGGGCUACCAGGGGCCGCACCCCUGCAGGCCCAGGCCCGGCUCGUCUCCGCCGGCCGCCUGGAGUGGAGCGACGGCGACGUCUGGCUGCUGGAGGCCCCGCCACCUGCGCCGGGCACGGCGGGCGCGGGCUCCGAGGCCGCGGGGGCCGCCGAGGACGCGGGCUCCGAGAGCGCCGGGGAGGGCGACGCCUCGGAGAGCACCGCCUCAGAGGCCGCCGCCGAGGCCGCCGAGGAGGCGGCGAGCGCCCCCGGCUGCGCCGAGGCCGCGCGGGCGGCGGAGGCUCCCGCGGAGGCCGAGGGCCUCCGCGGCGGCGCAAGCGACGACUCCGACGGGGAGGGCAGCUCGUCGUCCUCGUCGUCCCCUGGCGCGGCGGGCGGCGCCGACGUGCGCGGGGCCGUGCGGGCGGAGGCCGCCUCGGGGCCCCGGGGCGCGCCGCUCGAACCUGGCGCGGGAGGCUGCAGGCUGUCCGCCCCCCGCGCGGAGGACGGGGAGGGCGACUCCGACGGCGAGGGCAGCUCCUCCUCCUCCUCCUCCUCCUCCUCCUCCUCCUCCUCCGCGGCCGACGAGCCCUCGGAGGUGCCCUCGGGAGUGGCCCGGCAGCGGGUGGAGAUCAUCCCGGCGAGCCUCUGCCGCCUGCCCGUGGACGAGCGGCGGCGGCGCGCGGCCUCGCUGGGCCAGUGGCUGCGCUCGAGGGCCGCGGCCGGCGGCCGCGGCCUCGGGGGCGUCGGGCUCACCGAGCAGACCGCGGAGGCGCUGGCCGCCCACAUCCGCGCGCGCGUGGCCGCCGCGGAGGCGGCGGCCGCCGCGGCCGCCGCGGAGGCUGCCGCUGGCGAGGCCGCCGCCGAGCGGCGGGCCGCCGCCGCGCAGCCCGCCGAGCGGGCCGCGGCCGCGCGGCCCGCCGCGGCCGCGCGCGCGGGCGGCCGUGCACGGGGCGGGGGCGCCGCGGUGCCGUUGCCCGCGCCUGGGCGCUCGUGUCUGCGGGCGCGGGCGGCCCGCGCCGGGGCUGGGCAGCUGCCUGGCGGGGCGCGGGCACGGAGCAGGGGCAGCAGGGGGAGAGUGCGGGUGAUGAUCGGCACCCACACCGUCGGCGAGAGGAUGGGCAGGGAGUUGGCGAAUAUCACGCUCGUGCGCAGCCACAGGCGCGACGACCUGUGGCACCAGAGCCUGGGCGAGCGGGUCCGGUGCGACCGCUGCGGGGGCACGUGCCCGAAGCCCUUCGGGCAGCUGUGCGGUGCGGAGGGGAGGUCUGCCUUCGCACAGUGCGAGUUCGUCUGCAACCGCUGCCUGGGCGGCUGAAGCGGUGCCGAGAGGGCGCGGGAGUCAGACCCUCAGAUCCAGGCGACGCAAUGUUUUCACAACGAUUACCCUGGACCCGAGUUACCCCGGAGAACUCGGGCGUCCAAGGAGAGGUGCUUGGCAAUUCGUCGCGCCCCGUUGGCGCUGCUGCCUGGCCGCGCGCGCGCGCGGCCGCCUGCGUUGCCGCAGUUUUUUGCUCCGGCCGGGGGUGGCCGCAGCGGAUGAUCUGGGGGACGUCCUCGCACUAGGCUUGGAACGUCGGAGGAUCCUAGGUGACGUCAGAGAUCUCGGGGGCGUCGAGGGGCGUCGA